ACGUAGUUGCGAAGAAAAAAUUAAAUAUUUUUGUGUGUUUUUAAAGAGUUUCAAUUGCUUUGACAAAACACGGCAAAUCUGCAUUUUUGAACGUAUUUGAAUUCGUGUGUUCGCAAUGUGCAAUAUUUUCAAUAUACGCACAAACAGUGAUUUGUAUGUAUAUAAUCUGUAGCUGUUGUUGUACCUGAUUCGUUGCGAUUUUCGUAUGCUGCUGCGUUAAAAGUGGUGGAAAAUGUGUGCAACAAAAAACAUGCAAUUGCCACUAACUAUGCACAUUGGGCAGCCAGCGGCAACAGUGCGUUAGUUAUUAUUAUAAAUUUGGUGUGGUGCGAGUGCGUUAAACGUGAAAAGUAGCUAAGAAAAUUCGCGCGUGCAACACAAAAUUGCGCCAAUAAGCGAACGACGACGACGUUUCUGUCUGUUUCUGUUUUAUUGCAUUCCUGCUCGCACACAUACAUACAUACAGAGCAACAGAGAUUUUCGAGCAUACAUAUGCAUAUGUAUGCUUGCAUGUAUAUGCAUACACAUAUACAUAAACAUAUACCCACAUGCAUUCACGCAAUAAACGCAGCGCAACCAACAACAACAAACAACAAUCAACAUUGGCCGCAACACAAAUGUUUUGUUUCAGUGUAAUUGUUGCAAUUGCCAUCAAGUGGCCACGCGCGCCAACCAUCGCAUAAACGAAUUGUAAACAACAGGAAAAAUAAUCGCAACAAAAGGCGAAACUCGAACUGAAGUAUUCUGCAAAACCGAGUGGCACUUGCAACGCGCCCGCCUCCCGUCAAGAUGUCGCGCUGGGGCAAGAACAUUGUCGUGCCGCUGGACUCGCUCUGCAAGGAGAAGGAGAACACCAAUCGGCCGACGGUGGCCCGCUCCGUCGGCACAGUGGGCAAAUGGGGCAAGAUGGGCUUCACAUCGACGCGCACCUAUACGCUAUCCGCACUGCAUCCCAUGGCCGCGGCGGCGGCUGCUGCUGCGUCUGCCGCCAGUCCCGCCCAGAGUCCGGCCUCCACGCACGAUCACGAUCCGAACGAUAUGUCUGUGUCGGUGCCGGAACCGCCCAAGCCCAAGAAGUUCUUCAAGUCGCGCAAUGCGGCGCCGCCGGAGGUGAUCGCACAGAUAAUACAACAGCUGCCGCACUGUGUCGCCGGCACCUCACCCAUGCGGGAUCAGGCGGCCAUGACGCCCACACGGGAACCCAUCAAGCUCAAGCUGGCCAAAGGCAACUCCGCAGAGCGGAAGCGUAAGUCGCCCAAGAAGAAGGCGACGGCGGCGGCCGCAGCGGCAACGGCAACGACGGCUGCCUUAACGCCAGGUGCGUUUGGUGCCGCCGAAAUAGGCGAUGGCCUGGCCUUGGAUGCAGCUGAUCAAAUGGAUCUGUCUGCGGGCGCAUCGCCCACGGCUGAGCCCAAGGGCAAGAAGAAGAAAAUCAAGGAGGAGAAGAAACUAAAGCCAGAGGCGCCGCCAUCCCGCAUCUUGGGGCGCGCCCGCAAAGCGGUCAACUACUGCGAAGUGGACGAGGACGACCGCUAUCCCACGCCCAUCAAAGAUCUGGUUAUGCCCAAAACGCGUGCGCCCGAAACAACAACAGCCGCAUCCCAGGAUGCUGCAACACCAGCAGCCCCAGCUCCAGCCCCAGCCGCAACCCCUGCAGCAGCAGCAGAUGGGAAUCCAGCGCUUCCUCCGCCAACGACGGCGCCCAGUGCAGCAGCCGUUGGCAUCACAGCCGCCUCAGCUUCCACAAUGGCCCCAACUACAGUGCCAUCUGCAUCCGCCUCAUCCAGUGCUUCCCGCACGCCCGAACAUCCGCCAAUUGUUCUGCGCAUUUCCAAAGGCACCUCACGUUUAGUCAGCACGGACAGCGAGGAGCCGCCAAAUAGUUCGCCUGCACAGCAGCUGCAGCAGCAUCACCAGCACCAGCACCAGCAGCAGCCAUACGAGACGCCCAGCAAUGCGCUGACCGAUCAAAUAGAAGCCAUAGUUCCUGCAAGUACGCCAAAAAUAACUGUAAAACCGCUGCGACCGCCGACAGCGGCAGAAGCACAGGACGCAUCAGCUGGCAGCGAAGCGUUAACGCUGGCAGCGACGCACGCAGCGAUCGAGAAAACGAACAACGACGACGAAGAAGAAGAGGACGAGGAGGAAGAAGACGAAGAGGAAGAACCGCCCGAAAUCAAUUAUUGCACUGUGAAAAUCUCACCAGACAAACCGCCCAAGGAGCGCCUGAAGCUGAUCAUCAAAACGGACGUCAUACGAAACGCGAUCGCCAAAGCAGCCGCCGCCGCUGCAGCUAAGGCCGCUGGCGAGGAGUCGCGCAGCGAAAAGAAAUCCAAAAGUAAAAAGCAUAAACAUUUAAAGCACGCCCAGCUAGUCGAGCAACUGCAGCCCAGCCUACCACCAGUAGCAACAGCAGCAGGAGGAGCAACAGUUGCAACAGUUGCUGCCACAACUGCGUCGGUCGCCGAAUUGGCCAAUACGGAGUUUAAGACGCCGUCGCCGCAUCUGGCGCUGAGCGAGCCGCAGCAGCAGCAACAGCAGCUGCAUCCCACGCAUAUACAGCCAUUGCGCGGCUCGGUUAUAUCGCCGACGACACGCUCCGAUCACGACUUCGAUUCGCAGUCGUCGGUGCUGGGCAGCGUCUCGUCGAAGGGCAACAGCACGCCGCAGCUGCUGGCGCAGGCGGUGCAGGAGGAGAGCUGUGUGAUACGCAGUCGCGGAUCCAGUGUCAUAACCAGCGAUCUAGAGACCAGCCAGCACUCCUCACUGGUGGCGCCCCCCUCGGACAUUGAGUCGCGCCUCGAGUCCAUGAUGAUGACCAUCGAUGGCAAUAAUACGGCUGCAGCUGCAGCUACAGCAGCAGCAGCAGCAGCAGCUGCCGGCACAGUUGCGGGGGGAUCAGCGACGGAUCUGCAUAGUCGUGUGGAGCAGCCGCUGCAGCAGGACAUACUCUCGGUGCUGCGCGGCGAUGUGGUGCCGCGUCUGAAUGGCGUUGACGAGCCGGCCGCCGCCGAGUCCAAACAGCCAAAGCGGGCAACGCGCGGGCGUGCGCGCAAGACCAAUAGCAAUGCGGAGGCGGCGCCCACGGAGACGCGCACAAGAGCGCGCGCCAAGCCGUUGGAGGCAUCACCCACAUCAACGUCCACGCCCGCGCCCGCGGUCACGAAGCGUGCCACACGCACGCGUGGCAGCAAGAGAACGGAAACGGAAAUGGAGCUGGUCGAGUCGCCCGAGAAGUCCCUGGAGGUGGCUGAGGCGCCGCCGCGACGCGGACGUGCUGCUGCGCGCGCCAACAAUAACAAUUUGGCCAGCAGCAACAACAAUAACAACAACAACAAUAACAACAUCAACAAAAUUGCCGCCAAUCUGUCCGCCAAAGCGGAGGCCAGUCGCACCACAGACAAUGGCGCCGGCAGCGCCGCCAGCGGAACGCGUAGCUAUGGACGCAAGCGAAAAAAUCAGCAGGUAACGCAGCUGCUGCCACACGGCGAAGCGGAUGCCACAACGGCGGAGCAGCUGAAGCUGAAGCUGCUGGAGCAGCAGCAGCAGCAGCAGCAGGAGGCACAGCUAAACGAUGAUAGCCAGCCAACGCCGGCCAAGGUGCCGCACACGGAUCUGGCUCUAGAUCUGGAUCUGGAACUGGAUCUGGAUCUGAAUCUGGAUCUGGAUGGGGAGCCAGAUCCGGGCAUGGAUGAGCUAUCGAAUACAUCGAACAGCUCCUCGAUGCAGCACGAUGGCUCCUCUUCAUCGCCGCCGCCGCGUGAUUACAAAUUCAAGGAUAAGUUCAAGCGCACGCUCACCCUGGAUACGCAGGUGGCGGCCGCUGGAGCUGCUGGUGCAGCAAAUGCCGCUGCUGCUGCUGCCGCCGCCGCCGCCGCUGCUGCGGAGGCGUCUGGUUCGAGCAGUGCCGCCAACACCGGCAGCGAGGAGACGCAGCGCGGCGCCGUCAAGCUGGUCAUCUCAAAGAAGAAGGGCAGCAUCUUCAAGAGCCGGGCGCUGGUGCCCUCCGACCAGGCCGAGCAGGCGUCGGUGGCUAAGCGACAUCUGUACAAGCACAGCUGGGAUGCAGCACUGGAGGCUAACGGCGGCGGCACUGGCAGCGAUGCCAGCAAUGCCUCCGCCUCGACGACAGCGGGCGGAGGCGCCAAAGCGGACAGCCUGAUAGCCGGCAAAGCGGCCACCAUCGAUGCCAUCUAUGGUGACUUUGGUGAUAGCAACUCCAACAACAAUACCUGCAGCAGUUCCGCGCUGCGCGGCGAAAGUCCGGCCCUGGGCAAACUGACGCGCCAGUCCAAGCCACAGCACAGUGGACAAUCCUCGGCGGCGGCGUCAAGCGAUGCCUUCGAUCUUGAACUGGAACCAAGCCCGGACGAAGCUGGUCCCGGCGGCGGCAACGCUGGAGCUGGAGCUGUAGCUGCCGGUGGAGGUGGAGGUGGCGCUGGUGAGCGAACGGGUCUGCGCGUGGAUCGCAAAACAAAGGAAUACUAUACGGUGGUGCGGAAUGUGAAGACGGCGCAUCAGAUACAGGAGAUUGGCGAGUACCAGGAGAUGUAUGACGAUGUCGAGUACAUACUGGAUGCACUGCAGCCGCACAAUCCACCGCCCACACGUUGCCUAUCCGCCCUGCAGCUGGCCACCAAAUGUAUGACGCCCGCCUUUCGUAUGCAUGUGCGCGCCCACGGCGUCGUCACCAAGUUCUUCAAGGCGCUCUCUGAUGCCAACAAGGAUCUGAGCCUGGGCCUGUGCACCUCGGCCAUUAUGUAUAUACUCUCCCAGGAGGGGCUCAAUAUGGAUCUCGAUCGGGAUUCGCUCGAGCUGAUGAUCAAUUUGCUGGAAGCCGAAGGCGUGGGCGUGGCUGCCCACACAGACCGUCCCAAUUAUGAGCGCAACAAGCAAAAGGUGCGCGAACUAUGCGAGGAGAUCAAGGCCCAGGGCAAGGGCACCCAUCUGAAUGUCGAGUCCAUAACAGUGGGCACUUUGGCGAUGGAAACGCUGCUCUCGCUAACCUCAAAGCGUGCGGGCGAAUGGUUCAAGGAGGAUCUGCGCAAACUGGGCGGCCUGGAGCAUAUUAUUAAGACAAUAUCCGAUUUCUGUCAGCCGGUGAUUGCCACGGCUGCCACGGAUAUGGCCCUGGUCGCUUGGGAGCCGGCUCUUCUCGAUAAUAUGCAAACGGUGGCGCGCUGUUUGCGCGUCCUCGAGAAUGUCACGCAGCACAAUGAGGCGAAUCAGCGGUAUAUGCUCACCUAUGCCAAGGGACGGGCCGUGGAUACGCUUUGCUUUCUGUACCGGCUAUGCGAUCGACAGCUGCUGCUGCAUCCUUCCACGGCCGAGCAGAACAGCAGCAAGGAGCAUCCGGGCGUGGCCAUGCGCGAACUCCUCAUACCCGUCAUGAAGGUGCUCAUCAAUCUGACGCACACGUUCAACGAGGCGCAGCCCUCGCUGGGCGCCGAGCUGCUCGGCAAGCGCAGCGAUGUCAUCGAGACAAGCUUCCAUCUGCUGCUGCUUGCAUCCAACUACAUUCCGGAUCGCUGUGUCUUCGAGCUGAGCAUCCUGGUGCUGACCCUGCUCAUCAAUCUCUGCAUGCACACGCCGCCCAAUCGUGCCACACUGAUGCAGGCCCAUGCGCCCGCCGAAUAUGUGGCGGACAAUCCAACGCCCGGUGAUCAGGCGGUCAGUGCGGUUCAGGCGCUGCUCGAGUACUUCUACAAGUGCGAGGAGCUGGCCAGACUUGUGGAGAAGAACACGGACGCCUUCCUCGAGAGCAAUGAGAAGAGCAAAAAGAAGCAGGAGGAGGUCGAGGAGACAGUCAACAAUCUUGUGCAACGCGCUAGCCAUCACAUGGAGCACACACUGAAAGGCAGCUAUGCGGCGAUAUUGAUUGGAAACCUGAUCACCGAUAACGUCCAGUAUGAGACAAUCGUGCGGCGGCAGCUGCGUGGCAAUAGCUUUAAGGAGAUCGUUGGUGUGCUGGAGAAAUAUCACACCUUUAUGAACCUGACAUCCAGUUUGGAGGCCGCAUUUGUGGCGCACAUGAAGUCCACUAAGAAGAUAAUUGACAACUUCAAGAAGCGCGACUAUAUCUAUGAGCAUGCGGAUGAGGAUCAUACGAUGCCGAUGCCCCUCAAUCUAGAGACGACGACGCAUCAGCAUCAUCAUCAGCAUCAUCAUCAUCAUCAUCAUCAUCAUCAUGAGCCAAAUGAUGCGGCGCACACGCUAGAUGCGAAUGCUUCCAGCAGCAACACAAGCAUUGCAACCGGCGGCAGCAGCAGCAGCAGCAGCAACAACACCGCCGCCAGCAACAGCAGCAGCGGCAACACCACCUCCACCAACACCAGCAGCAGCAGCGGCAGCAGUGGCGGCAGUAGCAUGCCACGUGUCUUUAAGACCUACAGCAGUCAUAGAUAAUCAAUGCCGGACGACCACUAAGCCAGCUCUGUGGAAGACAGAAGACGCCGCCGUCGCCGCCGCCAGUCACUGAAAGCCUGCCACCAAAAUAAUAAUUAUUUAUGUUGUUUGUAAUUGCUGACAAUUGCAGCCUAUAUAUAAUUAUUUAUUUCCUAUUACGUAUAUGUGAACACACACCACACAAUUUUAUAUAUAUAUAUAUGUAUAUGUGUAUAUUUUAUAAUAUUUCGCUGUGCUCUGCUUGGCUCUGCCUUCGGUUUUCAGCUUAGCUUCGCAAUAUUUAAUUGUAUUGUAUUUAAAACAAAAAAGUGAUAGCAAAUGAGCAUGGUCAGCGUUUUAACUACAAACACACGCACACACACACACACACACACACACACACACACACACACACAUCCGCAUACACACAACAGCCACACAGACACACACUCAAAGAUCCAAAUUAACUACUGAUAAUGUGUACGUUAUAUAGUCAUAAGCAAUAUUAGCAACUAUUAUAUAUUUACUUACACACACACACACACACACACACACACACACACACACAGAUAAUCGAUUGUACAUAUUGUUUAUUCAACGAUUUUAUUCAAUGCUAUCUAGGUUUUAUUUAAUGUUUCUAUGCUCUAUAACUAUUUUAAUUAUAAUUAAAUAUUCUUUUUUUUUUUUUAACUAUAUAUAUAUAUAUGUAUUUAUAAGCACACACACACACACACCUACUUGUACGUGUAUAAAGUAGAAGAUGUAAUGUUUUGCAAACAAAAACAAACCAGAAAAAAAAUAUAGUUAUUUUAUUGCGUAUAGCGUUUAAGCAAAAAUAAGAACUCUAUCCGUAAUUAAAAAUGUAUGUAUGUAUGUGUAUGUUUAAAUGAAAAAUGUCAUAUUUAGGCUUACAACUGAGAUAUAAACCAGAGAGAGAUAUAUAAAAAAAAAAACAAGAAAAACUCAAUUUCGGGAACAAA